CGCAGUGCCAACCACCAAACUAGGAUAAAUAGAUAGUUCUCUCGUUCUUCUCUUUCGACUAUCUACCGAGCACCGACGAGCAAGACGACUCCUAAUCCUAUCCUGUUUCUCAAACUCGUGGUGCACGCUCAUGGAGGGCACUACCCCCAAUCCCCCAAACACAAGGAUUGCCGUGGUCACCGGCGGGAACAAAGGGAUCGGGCUAGAGGUGUGCCGGCAGCUGGCCGGCAAUGGCGUCAGCGUCAUUUUGACGGCAAUUGACGAGAAGACAGGCGCAGCCGCCGUCGAGAAGCUCAAAGGGCUGGGGCUCUCCGAUGUCCUUUCCCACCAGUUGGACAUCAGGGAUGCUUCCAGCAUUGCUCGGUUAGCCGAUUUCUUGAAGACCCGCUUCGGGAAGUUAGAUAUCCUGGUAAAUAAUGCCGCAGUUGGUGGGGUUGAGUACUUCCAAGAUCCUGUUGAUGGUUCAGUAACGAGCGAGGAAAUGUUCAGUGGCAUGGAUAGGGAUGAGAGGCUUGAAUGGUUGUGGAGAAAUUGCCGGGAGACUUACGAUGCUGCAAAGGAAGGCCUGGAGGUAAACUACUACGGCACAAAGCAUGUGAUCGAAGCCUUUCAGCCUCUGCUGCAAGCCUCCUCGGAUGGAAGAAUCGUCAAUGUCUCCUCCGACUUCAGCCUAUUAAGGUUUUUCAGAAACGAGAAGCUGAAGCAAGAGCUGAACGACGUCGUCAACCUAACUGAGGAGAGGCUGGACGAGUUGCUGGACAUGUUCCUGGAAGACUUCAAGGCCGGCGCGGUAGAGGCGCGCGGGUGGCCAGCAGCGUUUGCGGCGUACAAGGUGGCCAAGGCGGCUUUGAACGCGUACUCGAGGAUCCUGGCGACGAAGCAACCCGCGCUGCGCGUCAACUGCGUGCAUCCCGGCUACGUCAAGACCGACAUGACCAUACACUCGGGGCUCCUGACGCCCGAGGAGGGCGCGAGCAACGUGGUGAAGGUGGCGCUGCUGCCAGAAGGCGGGGUGACCGGCGCUUUCUUUGAGGAGGGCAAGGAGGCGUCCUUCGUCUUCGUGUGAUGUUGGAAUCGGCACGCCACGUUACGUCUGCCCUCGCGUGCGCUCACGGUCUGAGGGUUUGGAUCGCUAGGUGUUACGGGCUUGUUUGAGAGUAUGGUAGGCUUGGAGCUAGACAAUUGUGUUGGAAAAUUGUGCACUUUUAGAUGCAAUUUAAUUCCUAAAUAAAUUAUGAGUAGAAACUGAUAGAUUAAUAUUGCGAUGUAGUGACAAUACAAAGUUGACAUGUAUAUACAUUAUAAAAAAGACUUAUUAGUACCGGUUGA